ACGUUUAUCUAUCCGUAGUAUAUGGUACCUUGAACUCUAUGUUUAUUUAGUUUAGAUCCUAAGAUAAAAUUUGUGAUGUCUUUGGAUUUUUAAUUCGAUUACUCUGCUUUAGGGAGGAGAAAAGUGGGACUCUUAGAUUUAGAUCCUUUUAGUUUCUUUUAGUUUCAAUCUACGAAACUCUUAGAUUAUUUAUUUAAUAAGACUGUUAGAUUAUUUAUUUAAUUAAUUAACAAUCUAAUUACACUUGAUGACGUGGAAAUCCUACGUGGCGCACCGAAAACUCUUGAAAAAACUCCCCUUUAUAUAUAUAUAUUAGAUUAUUUCGGAUAAUAUAUUAAGAUGAAAUUGCCAAAUCAGCACCAGUAUUAUUUUGGUAACAGAGAAGGCGCAUGUGAUAUAAGUGUAGCUGGAAUAUUGAAAGCGUGUGUUCAACUUCAAUACAUCAAGCAUCAUUCCCUUGGUUUGUAUAAUCUGCAGUAGGAUUUACAUUUUUACUAUUAAAAGGAUUUUUGCGCGAUAUUUCAUUUAAUAAUUUUAUAAAUAAAGAAUUAAUUUAUAAGAAGGAUUUGCAAAGUGAUAAAUGGGUUUUUUCCAAUAAUUAAAACACAUAAAUCCUUAAUAAAUUAGGCAUAACAGAGGAGGUGGUGCAUGGUAGACAAGGCAUAUGCAUGUGAAGCAAAUAAGCAACCUUCCAAACCAUGGCAAAGCCAUUCCUUCCUUCCUUAAUUUUGUUUUGUAAUAAUACGUUUCUUUAAUACCAAGUUUAGAACACUUUGAACAUCAUUCAUCCCAUAUAUAAACACCUACACACGGUACAGUAAUGCACCAAUAACUUCAUCCAUCUCAUACAAUUAAUUAACCGUAAUCCAUCUCUCUAAAGAGCAAUAUAUUGUUAGCCAAUGCCUAUCUAUUCAGACUCUGACGAUCAAGCUCCUGGCCCGUCUACUAUGUCGAAAAUGUUUGGCCGCAACAGGCCAUUGCAUUCUAUGUUAGGUGGUCGUAGAGUUGCUGAUAUUUUGUUGUGGAGGAACAAGACUUUAUCAGCAUCAAUAUUAGCUGGAUUCUCAAUGAUAUGGUUUCUAUUUGAAGUGGUUGAGCUCCAUUUCAUUACUGUUGUAUGUUACAUGCUCAUGACGUUCAUGCUUAUCCUUCUCAUCUGGAUUCAAGGAGCUAGUUUCUUUAGAUGGAGACCUCCAACCAUAUAUGACAUUCAAGUAUCAGAAUCAACAGCCAAACAUGUAUUAACAAGAAUCAAUAAGGUGUUGAUAAAGUUUUAUAGGAUUUCAUGCGGAGAAGACUUCGUACGCUUCUUUGUGGCCCUAGCGAUUAUUUGGCUAUUAUCCAUCUUUGGAAGCUACUCCAGUGCACUCAAUGUGUUGUACGUUGUGUUUCUCGGUCUGAUCCUGAUUCCGGUUCUCUAUGAACGGUACGAAAGAGAGGUAAGCUACAUUGCCACCCAAGGGAAAGGAGAUAUGAAGAGAUUGUACAAAAAGUUGGACACCAAAUUUCUUAGUAAAAUUCCAAGAGGACCAGUUAAGGAGAGGAAAUACAAGUAAAUCAUAUGAUCCAUUACUACAUUAUUGGACUAUUACAAUCCAUAAGUUAAAUUUCUGUCUGUUGUUUUUUUUUACUGAUACACAACUUCCUUAUGUUGAUGAUUGAAUAAAAGCUCUGCUUCGCCUCUGUAAA